AUUUUCAAAAAAUCGAUUUUUUUUUUUUUGCAUUUUCUUAAAGUAUAAUAUUUUAAAAAUAUUGUGUGAAAAUUUGAAGUGAAUCCGACAAAUUCUUUUCGAGUUAUUUAACAAUGACCAAAGGACGCUCGGGUGCUACGUGGCAUUCGAGAGCAGGUAGCUAGAAACAGCUGCAAGCAACCGACCUUUCGGGUUUCAUUGUCAUGAAUAUCUCCCCAUUUUAAUGUAGUACAAGAACUGAAAAAUAAUUUUUGGUUGCCAGUAUACCUGUAGUCGUUGCACUGAUCAGUCGAUAGUUUUGUGAUAAAUUAUUUCUCAAGUGAAUUAAAUUAUUAACCAUGGGACGUGAUUCUAGAAAGGUUUCAAGAGAACUUCGGAGUUCUGAAAAAAUUAAUAAGUCGCGUUCAGUCAAAAGAAAGAAUGUUUUUAAUCCGAAAACAGCCGAACGUGAUGAAAGUAUUCAGAGUACAUCUUCUAAAAAAUUAAAACAAAACACUGAAGAUGAUGUACCUGAAGACAGCAGUACUGAAUUUCGAAUAAUAAAUUUUAUUCAGGUAUUUACUGCAAUUUCUGCUCUUAUAAAAUGUAAAAAAUGUGAUGGAAAUGUAGUGUUUCAAACAGCAAGUACACGUGGGCUGGGAUUCAAAAUUGUAGUUGCAUGUAAUAACUGUGGAAAUGAAUAUAUUCCUUCCUGUUGAAAAUAUGAAAUCUGCUAUAAUGGCAACCUUUUAUCACUACGGCUCGAGUGAUGAAAAACCGAAUCAUGAUAUGUGUCCAAAAGGCGAAGAAUCUUGGUGCUCUUACCAGCGCGCUGAAGCAAGAGGAGAGCUUGAUACCUAUUCUCACGAUUAUUCUCCCUUACCUUCUGAUGUUUUAAAAGCUAUCAAGCCUAUAUACGAAGAUCUUAGUAAUGAAAAUUUACUUUCAAGAUGUGUAGGUGGAUUCAAUCAGAAUAAUAAUGAAAGCUUUAACCAACUAGUAUGGAAAAUAUGCCCAAAAACGGUAAAUACUAGUUUUACUAUCGUACAAAUAGCUGCAUACGUUGCUAUGUGUAUAUUUAAUGAGGGUAUAAAUUCAUUAUUAGUCUUGAUGAAUACACUAGAACUUAAUUGUGGGCCUAAUUCUCAUCGGUAUGCAGAAAGAAUGGAUGCUGCACGUAUCAAAGUAGCAGAUAAGCGCGCUAAUGAUAACGCCCGAGAAGGUCGAUUGCAACGUAGGCACCAGCAAAUCGAUAUUUUGGAAGCUGCUAUGACGGCUGAAGAGCUAUUAUAUGGUCCAGGAAUAGAUGACUCAGUAUGAAUCUCCAAGGACUUAUGAUGAUCACCGCAAAGGACUUCGGGAGGAACGGGCUCUACAAAAACAGCGAUAACUUUUUGAAUUAUUAAUUUUUUUUUUUGAAAUUUUCGUGAAGUCAAAUCGAAACGUGUUCUAAUAAAGCUAUGUUUUUAUUUUUGUCAAAUAAAGUAAUUAACUACAAAAAAAAAAUUAUUGAAAAUCAUCAUUUUUUCAGGCCUCUGAGUACC